AUGCUCAGUCGCGUCACCUAGCGGGCACCGGCCAUGGCUGAGUGGACUCCUGCCCAGGCUUGGGAAUGGGACGUGGAGCCCCAGCACCUGGCAUCCUUUCAGCCCCCUGCCCUCUUUGAGCAGACUGCUGAAAGGGAGAUCUACCCCACCGCUGAGAUCUCCUUGUGGACGGUGGUGGCUGCCAUACAAGCGGUAGAGAGGAAGGUGGAUUCCUAUGCCACGCGGCUGCUGAACCUGGAAGGGAGGACAGCCACAGCAGAAAAGAAGAUAUUUGAGUGUGAGAAAACGGAGCUGGAAUUCAGUAACCACGUGGCUGCCCUGGGGACCCUGAUCCAGGAGUACGGGCUGCUCCAGAGGAGACUGGAGAACAUGGAGAACCUCCUGAAGAACCGGAACUUCUGGAUCCUGAGGCUGCCCCUGGGCCCAAGGGGAGAAGUCCCCAAGGUCCCGGUGACUUUUGACAAUGAUGCGGUCAGCUUCUCUGCGCAGGAGUGGGCCCGCCUGGAGGAGUGGCAGAAGGAGCUGUACAAGAACAUCACCAAAGGCCACUACGAGCCAUUGGUCUCUCUGGAUGCUGCCAUUUGCAAAGCUAGCAGCCUCCCCCCGGCAGAAGGAGCGGAAGUACCCCAUGUCCCACAUCAGGAGUUCCUGGAGGAAAGGGUGUUUCCCACCGAGCUUGGAACAGGCUCUGCUGUGCCACACAGAGGGGCUGGGGCUCAAGCUUGCCUGGAAGCUGCCCCCUCUGACCCUGAAUCCCUGGCCCCCAACCCCAGAAGAGAGUGUGCUGACUACACGUUCACGGAAGCAGAGUCCUUGACUUCCAAAGAGGAUCUUUUAUCCUGGAUUAAGCAAGAAGAGCCCCCUGGGAAGGGCAAGUGGGACCCGGAGAGAGAGAUCCCCCCCGUCCUUAGCUAUGAUGACACCACUGUGAUCAAAAGCGAAGAGCAGAAUCUUGGCGCGGUUCCUAAAGUUCACCUGCCGAGCCACGGGGUGCUGCCUGGGGCACCUGGGGAAGACGUUUCCCAAGGCCCCAAGCCAGAAGUGAACAGCGAGAGGCGGCAACUGGCCCCUCCUGCACAAAGGGUGGAGGAGUCUGCCCGUGGCGACAAAGGCUGCCGAGACCUGGAGGCAGCUCAGCCCGAAGCCCACCUCAAGGCGGAACCUUUCAGAUGCGCCAAGUGCAAAGAAGGCUUUGCUUGUGAACAGCAGUUUUCCUUGCACCAGAGAAUUCACACAGGAGAGGAGAUGUAUGGGGAAAGUCUUCUGCCAACACCUGAACCCAGUGCCCGGCAGCUUCCCGACCCAUACGCGUGCACAGACUACAAAAGCGGCUUUGGGGAGCAGCCGUUCUCCCAAGUGGCCGGCCGGCCGUAUGUCUGCUCCCUCUGCCCCAAGAGUUUCCGGCUCAAGACCAGCUUGUUGAUCCACCAGAAAACACACACCGUGGGGAAAAGCGACAGCGCGUUUGUGUGCCCAGAAUGUGGGUGUGGCUUCAGUCACCAGGGCCAGCUCACCAGACACCAGGCCAUCCACGCCGAUCGGCCGCACCAGUGUUCGGAAUGCCACAAGGCCUUCAACCGCAAAUCGAGCCUGAUGGUCCACCUGAAAACCCACCGGGAGAGACCAAGGCCGUUCCAGUGCCCACAGUGCCAUAAGACUUUCAUCCGCAAACAGCACUUGGAUGAUCACACCCGGACCCACACUGGGGAGAAGCCCUAUCAGUGCCCGGAGUGCGAGAAGCGCUUUGCUGAGAAGUCCAAACUGACUAAUCACUACCGGAUUCACACUGGUGAGCGGCCAUACCGCUGCGGGCAGUGCGACAAGCGUUUUGUGCGAGCACACCACCUCGUGAAGCACCAGAGCAGCGUCCACCAGGCUGGGGCGAAGCUGUACUCGUGCCGGGAGUGUGGCCAGAGCUUCAGCCAUACUCAGGCCUUUGUCAGCCACCAGGCCAGUCAUGCCAACGGGGAGAGGCGGCACCGCUGCAGCGAGUGCCUCAAGACCUUUGCCCGCAGGAAGUACCUGCUGGAGCACCAGCGAAUGCACACAGGGGAGAACCCCUAUGCCUGUCCCCACUGCGGCAAGCGCUUCCGCUACAAGCAGUCGCUCAAGCAGCACCUGCGCGUGCAUGGGGACCAACCACUCCCUGUCCCCAGCGUAGAGCAGGGCCCGGCCCUCGGCAGCACCUCUGAGAACCCAUCUCUCUUUCCAGCCGACCCUUCAAAUGGCACCUGAAGAUGGCUCCAUGGGGGGAGCACAUUCCUCCUCAGCCAGAUUUACAAACAGGCUCCCAAUCUGGUAGCAGCCAAGCAGAUUUAAGACAUCGGGGGGGACUAGCCUCUAAGGUUUCCCUUUGAGUUGGCUCUGGGUCAGUUUGUAUGGCCGUAUCCGAUGCUGUUCUCCAUCUUCGGUGACCUUCUUGCAAGCCAAAGCGGAACGUCUUGGUCACUCAGCUGGUCUCUGAGUGCUUCUGUACGGGCUCAGAGGCCUGUUGACGUCUUUUUUCAGAGCAUUUCCGUAGUAUAAGAAAUCAGAAGCGUCGCCUGUCUCAAGAUUUGGUCUGGAUUGCCAACCAAUGGAAAGUAACGCUCAGCUGUGGCUAUAGGAAUCUGUCCUGUUCCUUCACCUCUUGUCCAGGUACAGGGCAAAAGGUAAUUCUGAGUUCGGGAACAUUGGGGCUUGGGGGCACAAUUCCCCUUGGGUGUAAAGAGCAGCUUCAGAGGACACUGUUUUUCCUGGCAACAGCCACACACCCUUCCUCUGUCCACGGCAAUCCAGUGUCACGAUCAGCGGCUGCCUGCUUCCUCCAGCAGACCAGCAGCUGAGCCGACCCAUGUUUUGAAACCCGCAGGGCAGGCAUAAGGCCACACAAACAGCAAAACAGCCUUUUCAACUUUCACUAACAUUAUGGCAAAUCCCAACCAAGAGUGAGCAUGUGGCCCCGGCCUCUCCCAAGCAUCCCUUCUGGGGGGGGGGGAAGGCACUGCCAGUCAGUCCCAGGGUUUUUUGAGCUGACGGGCUUGCAGUGGGAGCCCAAGAUGAAAGUAAAGCUCAGCAGUCAUACAUGAGAAACCGGCCUCAUGGUUAAAGUGUCAGACCAGGACUGAGAACAUCCGGGUUCAAAUCCCCACUCACUCCUAACAUUCACCGGGGGACCUCGGUUUAGUCACUCUCUGUAUAGCCUCUCCAAAGGGUUUUUGUUAACAUCAAGUAGGAAGCGGAGAACCGUGUCCCCCUUUCUGAGAUUCUUGGAGACUGAGAUCAGUAUCUGGCAAAUGGAAAGCUACCCAUGCUUAAGAAGAACUGCUAUAAGAACAUAAGAGAAGCCAUGUUGGAUCAGGCCAAUGGCCCAUCCAGUCUAACACUCUGUGUCACACAGUGGCCAAAAAACCAGGUGUCCUCAGGAGGUCUGCCAGUGGGGAAGGGACACUAGGAGCCCUCCCACUGAUUGCCCGCCCCCCAAACAUCAAGAAUACAGAGCCUCACUGCCCUAGACAGAGAGUUCCAGCUAUACCUUGUGGCUAAUAGCCACUGAUGGACCUCUGCUCCAUAUGUUUAUCCAAUCCCCUCUUGAAGCUGCCACCACCUCCUGAGGCAGUGAAUUCCACGUGUUAAUCACCCUUUGGGUAAAGAAGGACUUCCUUUUAUCCGUUCUAACCCGACCGCUCAGCAAUUUCAUUGAGUGCCCACGAGUUCUUGUAUUGUGAGAAAGGGAGAAAAAUCCUUCUUUCUCUACCUUCUCUGUCCCAUGCACAAUCUUGUACACUUCUAUCAUGUCACCCCUGAGUUGUCGUUUCUCCAAGCUAAAGAGCCCCAAGCGCUUUAACCUUUCUUCAUAGGGGAAAGUGUUCCAUCCCUUUAAUCAUUCUAGUUGCCCUUUUCUGCCCUUUUUCCAGUGCUAUCAUAUCUUUUUUGAGGUGUGGUAACCAGAAUUGUACACAGUAUUCCAAAUGAGGCUGUACCAUUGAUUUAUACAGGGGCAUUAUGAUACUCGCUGAUUUGUUUUCAAUUCCCUUCCUAAUAAUCCCCAGCAUAGCUUUGGCUUUUUUUAUUGCCGUCACACACUGUAUCGACAUUUUCAGUGAGUUAUCCACCACGACUCCAAGAUCUCUCUCUUGGUCAGUCUCUGCCAGUUUGGACCCCAUCAUUGUGUAUUUAUAUUUGGGAUUCUUGGCCCCAAUGUGCAUUACUUUGCACUUGGCCACGUUGAACCUCAUUGGCCACGUUGACGCCCACUCGCCCAGCCUCGACAGAUCCCUUUGGAGUGCCUCACAAUCCUCCCUGGUUCUCACCACCCUGAACA